AUGGUUUACGUCGUCUGGAAUCAAACUCACUCAGUGCUUGGGGACCAACUUGGUAGCCUCAUGCACAUGGCCAUGUCCCUGGUUACCGAACUCGGCCUCAACAAAGAACAUUCUUCAGAAGCUAAACUGUCACAUGGAGUUCCGGGCGAAGCUUCAAAGAAUCGUGAACACCAGCCUCUCAGAACUAAUGAUGGGCGAAGGUGUUACUUGGGAGUAUUCUGGUUGAACUCAACAUUGAAUUCUUGCGCCAAGUACACAGUUCCCAUGCCGACAAAGCCAUACAUCAACGACAGCUGCUCUUAUCUCCAAGCAGCAAUGGAAUCUCCUUGGGAUACCUACCUUGUUCAGUUGGUGAGAAUUCAAGAAAUUUACAAUUCGAGCAACUCAAUAUUAGAUGGAAGUUCAAAUAAUAAGUGCCAAACCUCGCAGCGAUUUUUCAUGGAGACCUCACAAGUGGAACGACAAGUUCAGGAACUAGGGACCACUCUACGUCAGGAAUCUUCUCUACAAGCGCCCCUAGCGAUGUCUUUUCACAUGCUACAAGCGUUUGUGUACAAAUUCGGCGUAGACAAACAACUCCGCCUAAUAUCUGAAGCAUCCGAUCCCUCUUCUCCCACAUUACGAUAUUCAUAUCUUGUCGUGUCAGGCCUCAGCGCCGUUAAGGCUGUUAUCGAGAAAUUUCUACUCCUCUCAGCUUCAACUAUCUUAUCAAUGCCCUAUACUUACUGGAUCCAAAUCGUCCACUGCGUUGAGAUGUUCGCGCGAUUGCUGGUUACACACCCUACUUUGUGGGACCCCAACCUCUUCGUGGGUGUUCGCGAUUUCACUCUAACGUUAGAGCGUAUCUUUAUCAAGAUUGGAGGGGCUAUGGGUGAAGGAGCAAGUAUGGAUCCUCCACGGCAUUUACCCGCGACAAUCAAUACGAUGCGUGAGAAGCUCAUUGAUAUUUGUGCCUUGGUUGGGAAGAGUUCAAAGACCAUGUCUGGAAGCUCUAGUCUAACAACAACAAAUUCACAGCAUGCUACUCAUAUGGAGAUUAUGGUGAUGGAUAAGGAGACUCAGUCACUACUUGUUAACUUCAUUAGAGGUGGGAGUCUGAUGUGA